CGGAUGUACAAAGACAGACUACAAGACAGACAGACUGAGCGAGAGGAAGGUAAACACAAGAGGAAAACUAGUCAAGAGGCAGCUAAUCAAGACCAGCAAAUAACAUCCUUAUAUCAGAGUUGGAUAUGGCCAGGUUGGAAGUCAUAGAGAAGUUUCAUGGUAUUUCGUUUCCCGGACACCUGCACACCCAGGAUUCCUUACAGCACGCUCUCAAAUUUCCGUUUGAGGACACGGAUAUCGUCAUUGUCUCCUACCCAAAGUCAGGCACCACAUGGAUGCAGGAAAUAGUGACUCUCAUAUCCAACAGAGGGAACCCACACUUGUCCCAAACUGUCCCAAACUGGGCUCGGGCUCCCUGGCUGGAGCAUUAUUAUUUCACUAAAGUGAUGGAAGCUUCACCCACCAGACCUGGAAUCAUCACUACACACAUGCCUCAUCACCUGCUGGGCCCCGCCCUCCAGGGCUCCAAAGCCAAGAUUAUCUACGUGAGCAGAAACCCUAAAGACGUGGUGGUUUCCUUUUACCACUUCCACAAAAUGGCCAACUUCCUCCCUGAGCCUGGCUCAUUUCCAGAGUUUUUAAAUCAUUUCCUGGAGGGCACACUGUCCUAUGGCUGCUGGUUUGACCACAUUAAAGGCUGGACCAGUCAGACAGCAGCUAUGAACAAUAUGCUUCACAUCACCUACGAAGAAAUGUCAUUGGACCUACAUGGCGCCAUAAAGAGGGUGAGCGCUUAUCUACAGAGUUCCCUGCUGGAGGACGAGGUCAACAGCUGUGUGAAACACUGCAGCUUCAGCAGCAUGAAAGACAACAAGAUGGUCAACUACACCCUGGUGACUGAGGACAUAAUGAACCACAGCAAGGGCUCCUUCAUGAGAAAAGGUAAGAUUGGAGACUGGAAGAACAUGUUCACAGAGGAGAUGAAUCAACAUUUCUCAAGAGUCUUCAAGUCCAAGAUGGAGGACUGCACUUUAAAGUUUGAGUGGGGGGAGCAACAUGAAGAGGACGCUAAUUAACAAAUCCCACUGAAGAACACAGAACUGUGAAACAAAGCUAAUUAAAGUUUGAAAUGAUGUAGCAGAUGGAUCACGGUGGAUGUGUAUCUCUAAGUUUCAGCUUAAAUAGUUCAAGGGACAUUUUCUGAAAUGCAAUGUUGAGUACCCUUCAUUGCCUCUCAUGUAUAUUGCAGUGUGUCUGUGCAUUAUGUAACACUUGUAAUGAUGUAUGCAAUCUCUUAUUAUUAUUAUUUCCUGUGUAUAUAUCUCUCUGAUAAACUGAAUCCUCUUAUAGUUGA